AUUAUGUGAGGCAAGAAUUAGACCUCGGCCCUUAGUUAGAAGCGGACGAGAACUAGAGGAGCGACUUCGUAUCCCAGCGCCGACGAUGCUCGUUUCUGAUUGGUCGGCUCCGGUGGCCCAUGGUCGCUUCGUUGCACUACCCAGCAGAAUAACCGCUUCCCCAACGUUGCAUUCCGCCGCCGCUUAUUCUUCUCCCACUUUUCGUCCUCUCAGAUACGCGGUGCUCGGCGCUGGUUUUGCUGGGCUCUCCGUGGUUUGGCAUCUUUUGAAGCACAGUCCUAAGGGGUCGAAUCUGAGAAUUGACAUUUUUGACGAAGUGGGAAUUGGAGGAGGUGCCUCUGGAGUUUCUGGGGGUCUCCUUCACCCUUAUUCUCCUAAAGUUAAGCUUCUUUGGAGAGGUGCUGAGUGUUGGAAAGAAUGUUUGAUGCUUUUAAGUAUUGCAGAAAUGUCUGCUCUUUCCAAGGAAUCAAACUCUGAACUUGGAGGAUCUGGUCAAUGUUUUGACAGCUUUAUAGUUAGGAGAAGAGGCAUUUUGAGACCAGCAACAAGCAUGAAGAAUUUGAGUGUGCUGCUUGAUAAUGCUCAGAAUUGCGAUGCCAGUUGCAGAAUAGAGAUUAUUGAUAAGGAAACUGCCCAAGAACUUGUACCUAAUAUAUGUCUACCUUUCAACUCAGCCUUUUAUAUGCCUCAAGCUGUAAAUGUCCAUCCUCUGCAAUAUCUUCAGGCACUAUUUUUAGCAUGCAAAAAUCUAGUGAAAGAAUUAUCCGAUUCUAGCCAUGGACUUAAGGAGCUAUACUUGCAUAAGAAAUCUGUUCAAAAACUUGUUGAAUUAGAAGGGGACUAUGAUGCGGUGAUAAUAUGUCUUGGUGCCAAAGCAGACAUGCUACCAGAGCUCUCUGGGAGGCUUCCUUUGAGGACAUGUAGAGGUGUCAUUGCCCACCUGCAUCUGCCUGGUAAUAGUAGAUUGGAGUCUUCAGGUUCCAGUGUCUGGAAUUGCUUUGGCCUUCACCACAAGUCCAUCAUAAGGAAUAGAAGGAAGGGAAGAGUAUCCAGACCAUGCCCCAUCAAUAUUGUCAGAUGCAUGGUUUGCUGUCCAGGGAACCCGCAGUUUACAUAUGGGUUCAACAUGGGAAUGGAAAUCAAGAAACUCUUCUCCAGAUGUCUCAGUUGAUGAAGCUUCCAAAGCUCUUGAUGAGCUUCUACCCAAGGUUUCGGCAUUUUACCCAGGAAUAAAGGACUGGACUUUUACUGGAGCAAAGGCAGGUUUGAGGGCAAUGCCCCCACUAACUCCCCAAGGAUCACUUCCUCUUUUGGGCUGUGUUAAUGAUUUUGUUGGUGACAAUUGUACAUGUAAAUUCUGGUUCUUUGGUGGAUUGGGUUCACGAGGUUUGUUGUACCAUGCUUGGCUUGGGAAUUUGAUGGCACAAGCUGUGCUUUCCUGUAACGAAGAAUUAAUCCCUGCUGAGCUGACCUCUUGGAAGAAUAUAAAUCGGUAGUUGAAUGAGAUAUAUUUUUCCCUUAUUUC